AUGGCCGAACAAACAAGUCCUGCCAAACAAAAUGCCACACGGCCGCAGCUGGGCUCAAUGAGGAGCAGCUCCUACCUAAGUGAUCACCAGGAAUACCGCCCUCCCCGACAGGAUUCAAACCGACAGGACCAGUUGUUUCACGGUAUCGACACGGUUAUAGAAGAUACAAGUAACUCACCUGUUCCUCAAACGAGGCCAAUCCUCCCUUUCAAUGGCAUUCCCUCCGAGGAAAACCCUCCUACUGUGGUUGAUAGCGGACUGAGCCACUCGUACUCGCACCCUAACUGUGCUCCUCGAGUUGGCGAGAAAUCGGAUCGUCUUAUUGCGACCCUCUUCUACAAGCCAAGAGGCGAAGAUCAGGGUUCGCGAUCGCCCGUCAAAACAACAUUUGCAGAUAGCAAUGAGUCCCUACCAGCCAACCUGGCCCCUACGACCGACCUAAACGAGUAUCCUCUUGAGCCGCCUACUCAGGAGUCGGAGCAGCUGGACCAUAUUUAUGGCUCCUAUAUCUCACCUCUUUGCAUCACCUCGUUCCUUCACCUCAUGUCUUCGUUUCCUCUUCCCCAAGACGCCGAGGAGCCUCAUUCUUCUCACAGGUGCUUGGACAACCAGGAGCAACCGCGCAUUGUUGAGCUAACACUCUCCCCUACGCCAUCUCCUGACUAUCUUAGCCUGGAUGACCUGAGAAAGCAUGAGAUGAUCUAUCGCUUUGAGCAGGAGUGGAAUGUGGACGUGGUGCUCCAGAGAGAUAGUGUCUGGAGGCGUCAUCCUCGACUGGUGGUAUUCGACAUGGACAGCACUCUUAUCACCCAGGAAGUGAUUGACCUUCUGGCUGAUUAUGUGAAAGACCCCCCAGAUCUGGCCGCUCGGGUUGCUGAAAUCACGCACCGUGCGAUGAUGGGCGAGCUGGAGUUUGAGGCUUCUUUCCGCGAACGUGUUGCUCUUCUCAAGGGCCUCCCUGCUACUCUUUUCGAAGAACUUAGACCAGUCCUGGAUGUUACUAAGGGUGUGCCAGAGCUGGUCAAAGCUUUGAAGCGACUGGGUAUCAAGACAGCAGUGCUGUCUGGCGGUUUCCAGCCGUUGACCGCAUGGCUUGCUGGACAAUUGGGCAUCGACUACGCUCACGCAAACCAUGUCGUUAUCGAAGACGGCAAAUUUACGGGUGAUGUUGAAGGGGUCAUCGUUGGUAAAGAGUGCAAGAGGGAUCUUCUUCUUGAAAUUGCCGCCAAGGAGGGUAUUGAUCUGUCUCAAGUCAUUGCCGUCGGCGAUGGUGCCAACGACUUAUUCAUGCUGGAUAAGGCAGGUUUGGGGGUCGCGUGGAACGCAAAGCCCCGAGUGCAGAUGGAAGCCAACGCUCGUCUGAACGGAGAGAGCCUCCUCGAUCUAUUGUACUUGCUAGGCUUCACCAUUGAAGAAAUUGGUGCGUUGACCGCAUAG